UGUCGCUGCUGCUGCGGCUGCGGCGGCUCUGGCGAUGGUGGGCAGCGGCCGAGGGCUGGUGGGGCCGCCGCCGCUGCUGCUGUUGCUGCUGCUGUGCGGCUGGGCCGCGUCGGGGGCCGCGCUGUGGCGGAGGGGCGCGGCGGCCGCGCAAAGCGAGUCUCGGGCCCGCCCAGCCACCGAGGCCGCCGCCACGCCCGGGGACUCCGGCCCGGCUCGGGCGCCGCGGGUGAUGGGCUUCCGCCUGGAGGAGGGCGCCUCGGCCGCCGGGGGCCUCAUUCGCGCCGCGCCGGGGGCCACGCUCCGCCUGCGUCUCUACGGCACCGGCCUCAGCAACCACAGCUGGCCGUGGGGGGCGUUCGUGCCGGCCGAGGCCCCCUGCGCGGCGGCGCCCCCCCGAGACGGCCUUCGCGCCUCUACGGCCUCUCCGGCGGCGGCGGCGGCGCCCCAGGUCCUGGCUCAGGGCGCGCGGGCCGUCGGGGAGCACGCGGCGCUGGUGACGGUGCAGGUGGCCCCCGGAGGCCCCCGCGGCCGCUUCCACUUGUGCAGCCCCGCGGGGCCCGGGCAGCCGUGGGCGCCGGCCGCCCCGGGCGACGCCAUCCUGGUGACGGAGGAGGAGGGCGAGGGGCGCGUGUCGGCCGUGGCCUUGGCGCCCUCGCUGCCCCCCUGGCUGCUGGGCUCCCUGGUGGCGCUGCUGCUGGCGCUGCUGGCCUUGCUGCGCACCCUGCAGCUCAGCACCCUGUGGCUGGACCCGGCGGAGCUGUACGUACUGCGCGACUGCGGCUCCGAGUGGGAGCGCGAGGCCUCCAAGGCGCUGGAGCCGCUCCGGCAGCGCGGCGCCUUCGUGCUGUGCUCGCUGCUGCUGCUGGGCUCCGUGGCGCACGCUGCCUUGGCCGUGCUCUUCUACCAAGCCGUGGGGAUGCUGGCGCCUGCCGUGCUCGGGGCCGCCGGCUUGGUCUUCCUGCUGGCGGAGGUGCUGCCCUUCGCCGUCAGCUCGCGGUGGGGGCUCUCGCUGGCCCCGCGCGGGCUGUGGCUCACGCAGCUCUUCAUGCUGCUCACUUUCCCCCUGUCGCUGCCCCUGAGCAAGGUGCUGGAACUGGCCCUGCAGCGCGACACCAGCACGUGCCUCCUGCGGGAGAAGAUCCUGGACAUGGUGCGCAACAGUGACCCCUACAACGAGUUUGUUCGGGAAGAGUUCAGCAAGAGUGCCCUGCGCAACAAAACCGUGGAGGAUGUGCUGACGCCGCUGGAUGAGUGCUUCAUGCUCAAUGCCAACGCUGUGCUGGACUUUAACAACAUGUCAACGAUCAUGCAGAGCGGCUACACCCGCAUCCCCAUCUACGAGGACGAGCGCACCAACCUGGUGGAUAUGCUGUACGUAAAGGACCUGGCCCUGGUGGAUCCUGAUGACUGUACCCCUCUCAGCACCAUCAUCAAAUUCUACAAUCACCCACUCCACUUUGUCUUCAACGACACCAAGCUGGACGCUGUGCUGGAGGAGUUCAAACGAGGUAAAUCGCACAUGGCGAUUGUUCAGAAGGUAAACAAUGAAGGUGAAGGCGACCCUUUCUAUGAAGUCAUGGGCUUGGUGACAUUGGAAGAUGUCAUUGAGGAGAUAAUAAAAUCAGAGAUCAUGGAUGAGUCAGAUGACUACAGGGAGAACAAAUUGAAAAAGAAGCCACCUGCACUUGGGACCUUGAUGGACCGCAGGAAAGAAGAUUUCUCCUUGUUCAAAGUGUCUGACAAUGAGUAUAAGGUGAAAAUCUCUCCCCAGUUACUCCUGGCUACGCAGCGCUUCUUAUCCAGAGAGGUAGAUCUCUUCAGCCCAGCCCGAAUCUCUGAGAAGAUCCUCUUGCACCUGCUGAAACACCCCAGUGUCAACCAGGACGUUAAGUUUGAUGACAGCAACCGCCUUGCUGCUGAGCAUUACCUGUAUCAGCGCAACCAGCCGGUCAAUUACUUCAUCCUCAUCCUGCAGGGCAGGGUCGAAGUCGAGAUUGGGAAGGAGGGACUGAAGUUUGAGAACGGAGCCUUCACCUAUUACGGUGUCUCUGCCCUGACAGCUCCUUCUUCAGUUCAUCAGUCCCCAGUGUCCACUCUCCGGAUGAACCGUCGUGAUCAGCAGCUUGAAUGCACAGAGACCACCACAUACUGUCCUGACUACACUGUCCGGGCACUCACUGAUCUGCAGUUCAUCAAGGUCACCCGGUUGCAAUAUCUCAAUGCUCUCAUGGCCUCAAGGAUACAGAACUCCCCACAGUCACCCGACACCGUUGAAUUGAAAAUCAUCCCCAGCAGCCAGACAAAGCUUCUGAAUGACAAAAAUGCCACGCCAGGGAAAAGCAAGCUCAACCUUCUGGAAGAGGAGAGCCAGAGCACGGGGGUAUGACCUGCUAGAAGCUUUGGGGGCAAGGGGUCUCUGGAGGCCCCCUCUGAAAUCUCGGUCGCCUUCUCCUGGAGUCCACCCGUCCUUCUGAGGAACCUUUCCCUCUGGCUCCUGCGUCCCAGAGAGACUCGUGGAACUGCGAGGGGACUGGCCAGCAGCCUCUUGGGUAGCUUCUGGUGCUCUGACCCGGCUGCAGCACCCAGGACGUCCUCUGAACAGCACUUGACGGACAAAGGGUGGUUGAGCUUUGGGGGGGGGUGCAAUCUCUAAGACUGUGAGCAACAGAGAACAGCCACCCUGUGCCUAUGGACUGGAUUACUUUUGUAGGAGUCGGUGUGAGCAGGGACCGGCAAGGGUGUCAUUGCAACAGCGUUCCCUCUGCUCCACUGACUGUGUUGAUCCCCCCCCCCCGCGUGCAACAGAUCUCCCUUCCACCCAGCGGUCUCACAUAUACAUUCCACCCACCCUCCAGGCGCACUUCAGUUUGUCAGUCCCCACACCAGGCUUGCACUGGCGGCUCCAGCACUUGGCUCUGGGGCACCGCCACCCACCAGCUUCCUUCUGCAGCUGUUGCGCUUCCUGCCUUUGACUGUAGCUACACCCAGCCACCAUGCCAGGCCUGACUCCAGGACCUGAAACUUGCUCCUCCCACAUUCCAAGCACACCCACCUUGCUGGUCUUCUGAAGGCCAGCGCCAGGCUCCAAGGGCAUUUGAACCAGCCGUGAGCCUCAUCUGGCGCCAGGCAGGGCACCAUCCCACCCUCCCCAAAUUGUGCCAAAGUCCACGCUCCCCAGAGCCACAUGUGCAGCCUGACUCUGUCUUGCCAGGAUUGCACUGCUUGCCCUCUUUCCAGAAUGUGGUUCCCCACGCCGGACGGGCAGUGGGCUCUGUCUGUGCCAACCCAGGGGAGGCUGCUUUUCUGCAAAGCAGCCCUUCCUUCCCAGGGGAUGCCUGUCUCCUGGCCACUUUCGCCUAAAGUUUCAUUCUCUUCCCCCUUGCUUUGCAUCUCUAGUUCUUAAAUCCAACACAGGUUUGAAAAAGAGUUUGCACUGGGGCAGGAGCCGUUCCGACCCCGUGCUGGCGUUUCCCAAAUACUGGAGUUUAAGUGACUCCUCACAUAAGCUAUUGAGUGGUUGGGGAUGGGACAACAGGAUUUGCCCCAUCAAUCUGCAGGCAUUCCAGGCACUGAGUCUCCCACCUUGUGAAUGCUUGUGGUGCAUGGAGGAUCUGCAGCAUUUUGCUGCAGUUUACCCAAGGAGGCCUGCUGGGUGGAAGAAGUCCUAAAGGACCACCAUUCCUCCUGUAACUGCUCCUUCUGGCUCCUUGUGUUCGUGCUUAGAAGAGCGGCUGCUGUUGCAUUUCCCUCUGGACUAGCCUCCCCCAGCCUGUGCCCCCCAGCUGUUUUGGACUACAACUUCCCAUCAGCCCCAUGUGGCAUGGCUCCUGCUUGGGGACUGAUGGGAGCAGGAGACCAACACAACCGGAGGGCACCAGGUGGAGAAGGAAGGCUGUUCUCGGCUGUCCUCCCUGGCGGCCGGGUUCUGGCUGGAGAGGCAGCACAGGAUGCUUGCCCUCAACUCUAGCUUGGGCAGAGAGAAACAGUCCCCCCCACCCUUAGUUGCUACUUACAGUAUUCCCCCACUGGAGUUCGUUUUUAAAAUGAAAUAAAGGACUGAAGAGCAAGAGAGGGAAAGAGAGAAAGUUGGUUUCCCUUUCUCCCUCCCUCGUCCUCUCCCUGUCCAUAGCCAACAGCAGAAGUUGUCUAAAAGCAAUGUAUAAUUUCAGGUAAAUUAUUUGUAACCUGCCUUUAUGUUGUAGUUUUUCUGCAAGGACUGUACCUUCAAAAUGGAAUAGUCUAAUCUUAUAUAUCUAUUUAUAAGUUA